AUGGAGCGUGUUUGGGGGCCAGACCCUGCUUUUCUAUCCUUUGAAUUUUUUAUUUUAAAACAUGGCCUCGGACCCGCUAAGUUACCGGGACUUUCGAGAAACAGGCCCCUAGUGCCGCCAAUUUACUUCGCAAAUAAUGCUAAGAUUCUGAGUUCAUUGCAUUAUACAGCGGUACCUUUAACAACCAAGGGAGAAAUGCAGACAACAACUGCAACAAAUCGAACGCCGCCACCAAGAUCAUCAGGCACCAUACCACGAUCAAGAUUAACGCCACAAGAAACAUCAGCAUCAGAAGCACCAACAUUAGCAACAACAAGGACCAGACAAACAGCAAUAAGAACGGAACAACUAAACCUGGCAGUAUCAACAGACCAACUGCCACAGUCAAACGUAACAUGGAGGAUAACCGCAAUGACACCAAGAACAAGAUCAACAGCGGCAUCGUCAGCUGUAGCACCAACAUCAGCAACAACAAGAACCAGACAAACAGCAAUAAGAACGGAACAACUGAACCCGGUGAUGGUGUCAACAGAAGAACUGCCACGGUCAAACGCAACACGGAGGGUAACCGCAACAACACCAAGAACGAGAUCAACAGCGGCAUCGUCAGCUAUACCACCAACACCACCUUCAGCUUUUGGAGGAAUGAAUGCUACACAACCACCUUUUCCAGGUUUUCCAUCAGCGACACUGCGGCCAACACCAUCAUCAGCCUCUGGAGUAGUUGAUGUAACAUCGUCUCCUUCUUCUCAAGUGCCUACCCAGCCACCUUUUACAGGAUGUGGCUGGCUACUAAACAGUUCAAGGGGAACAUUUGCAUCUCCUGGAUAUCCAUUUUCUUACUCAAAUAAUUUGAACUGCCUGUGGACUCUUCGUAUCCCAACCGACAGCGUUUUGAGUCUACAGUUUGAAAGGUUUAACACAGACCGGUGCUGUGAUUUUGUUGAGCUGACAGUCAGCACCGGGCGGUUAGCAAGGCUGAGUGGUUCUAGGACUGGAUUCAGUAUUACAGUUAGUGGCGAUAGAAGUCCAGUUCUUAAUAUCACAUUUACAACUGAUAGAUCUGUCGUAAGACAAGGUUUCUUCGCUCGCUACAGCAUAAUAUUUGGUUUUCCAUCAGCGACACUGCGGCCAACACCAUCAUCAGCCUCUGGAGUAGUUGAUGUAACAUCGUCUCUUUCUUCUCAAGUGCCUUCCCAGCCACCGUUUACAAGAUGUGGAGGGCUACUAAACAGUACAAGGGGAACAUUUGCAUCUCCUGGAUAUCCAUUUUCUUACUCAAAUAAUUUGAACUGCCUGUGGACUCUUCGAAUCCCCACCGACAGCGUUUUGAGUCUACAGUUUGAAAGGUUUANUGAGUUUAUGUUUUUGCCUCGCCCUACAUCUUUUACUCCUUUCAAUAACGUAACCUUGCCCAACACAGCGCGACCACCAUCAAAUACCCCAUUUGUGACCCUCCCAACGGAAGUUCGAAGGGUUCUUACUGAUUUACUCAUUUCUCUCACUCGAAUCAUAUUAAGGCUCCAAGGACUCAUUCGAGGACAACUUACCAACGAAGCUUUUGAAAAUUUCCGAAGUAAGUAA